CGGAGCGGCUGGGGCUGUGCCGCGGCGGCCGGAGCGGUUUGGGGAGCACACACGGUCGAACAUGGCGGAGCGGCAGGAGGCUCUGAGGGAGUUCGUGGCGGUGACGGGUACCGAGGACGACCGGGCUCGCUUCUUCCUGGAGUCGGCCGGCUGGGAUCUGCAGAUCGCCCUAGCGAGCUUUUAUGAGGAUGGAGGGGACGAAGACAUUGUGACCAUUGCGCAGGCAGCCCCCAGUUCGUUACCCAGAGGCACAGGCCCCAGCGAUAACAGGGUAACAUCCUUCAAAGACCUCAUUCAUGACCAAGAUGAUGAUGAGGAAGAGGAAGAAGGCCAGAGAUUUGAACCUCAUGGCCCUGACUUAAGGAGCCGGUUUUAUGCCGGAGGCUCAGAGAGAAGUGGACAACAGAUUGUUGGCCCUCCCAGGAAGAAAAGUCCCAAUGAGCUGGUGGAUGAUCUAUUUAAAGGUGCCAAGGAACAUGGAGCUGUAGCUGUGGAGCAAAUGACCAGGAGCCCUGGAGAGACCAGUAAACCAAAACCAUUUGCUGGGGGUGGUUACCGUCUUGGGGCAGCACCAGAGGAAGAGUCUGCUUAUGUAGCAGGAGAAAGGAGGCGGCAUUCCAGCCACGAUGUUCAUAUAGUGUUGAAGCUCUGGAAGAGUGGAUUCAGCCUGGACAAUGGUGAACUCAGAAGCUACCAAGACCCAUCUAAUGCCCAGUUUCUGGAAUCAAUCCGCAGAGGGGAGGUGCCAGCAGAGCUCCGGAGGUUAGCUCAUGGUGGGCAGGUGAAUUUGGACAUGGAGGACCAUCGAGAUGAGGACUUUGUGAAGCCCAAAGGAGCCUUCAAAGCCUUCACUGGCGAGGGUCAGAAACUGGGCAGCACUGUACCCCAGGUAUUGAAUACUGACUUUCCAGCCCAGCAAGCAGAAAAUGAAGCCAAAGCCAGCUCUUCUGUCUCAAUCGACGAGUCACAGCCUACCACAAACAUCCAAAUACGGCUUGCUGAUGGCGGGAGGCUGGUGCAGAAAUUUAAUCACAGCCACAGGAUCAGUGACAUCCGACUCUUCAUUGUGGACGCCCGGCCGGCCAUGGCUGCCACCAGCUUUGUCCUCAUGACUACUUUCCCGAACACAGAGCUGGCUGAUGAGAACCAGACCCUUAAGGAAGCCAACCUGCUCAACGCCGUCAUCGUGCAGCGAUUAACAUAACCACUUGGCCCUGCCAGGUGGCCUCACCUUCCUCCUGUGUUUCCCAUGGCCAGCUGCCCCGUGGAGACUGCCCCUUCCGCCCCCUCUUGAACACCCAGCAGUCCAGUGCCGUCUCCUCCAUAGCUCUGGGUUCUUAGAUCUCCGUUGGACAUUUGUUUUCUCCUUAGUUGCAUUUCCUGGGUUUUUGUGACGAUCAAUGGACUUUAAAGAAAAAAGAUAAUAAAAACAACUAAAAAAAUUGAAGGAAUAUUGCCAGGAUGUUAUAGGGAACCUC